AUGGGGCAAAGCUCCACUUAUGCAGACCAAGACGCCGAACAGGCAUACCGUAGAAAAGUGGACCUGUGGGUGUUGCCAAUGCUGUGCCUGAUGUACUUCUUUGAUUGCAUGGAUCGCAGUAACUUGGCAAAUGCCAAAACGGAUGGUCUCGACGACGACUUGAACUUUCAGGGCAAUGAUUAUUCGCUACUAAUACUUCUUUUUUAUAUUCCAUUUGGUCUGUUUGACCUUCCAUGGAACUUACUGAUCAAGCGCUAUUCUGGUCGACUCAUGCUCUCAUUUAUGUCCGUUGUUUGGGGUAUCCUUGCACUUUGCCAGUGUGCAGCUAAGAACUUUGGCUCAUUACUUGCCAUUCGUAUCGUUCUCGGUAUUUUUGAAGCAGGUUUCUUUGCUGGAGCGACCUUUUACUUGACCCUUUUCUACACCCGCGGGGAAAUGGGCUUUCGCCUGGCCGUUGUCCAGUCGUUCGCUGUUCUGGCCUCAGCCUUCAGUGGACUGAUCUCUUUCGGCGUCUUCCAAAUUGAUAGUACGUCGGUGAAGGGGUGGCAGUACUUAUUUAUUAUCGAAGGUGGAAUGACACUACUAAUCGGAGUCCUGGGCUUUCUGAUUCUACCAGAUAACCCCCAGAAGGCCUGGUUCCUGAACAGUAGGGAGAGAGAGGCAGCAACCGCUCGACUACUUCGAGACUCUUCAUCCGAAGUAGCGACCGAUUUCAAUCUUAAAGCUUGCUUUCAGUCUUGGGCCGACUGGCAGUUCCCCAUUUGGUGCAUAAUAACGUUCACCUAUCCCGUUGCCUAUGCAACAGCAAUGAACUUCUUCCCUCUAAUCGUGCAACGUCUCGGAUACUCCGUUGUGAAGACCAACUUGUGGACGGUUGCCCCAAAUCUGGUCGGCGCAGUGGUGUUGCUCAGCGUCGCCAAAUCAUCGGACUACUUUCGCGAGAGAACCCUUCACAUAGUAUUCUCCCUAGCCCUUUCCCUUGUGGGGAUGGUGAUUCUAGCUGCCAUUGAUGUUCUUCAACAUAAGGGGGUGGCCUACUUUGCUUGUUUUCUAAUGGCAUCGGGCGCAUAUAUCCCAUCAUGCCUUGUUCAUGCUUGGCAUAAUAACAACAACGUGCAUGAAAACUCCCGCGCGGCGAAUACGGGAUUUUUUGUGGGCUUGGGGAAUCUAGCGGGUGUAGUCAGUGCUGCUACCUUUCGGACCGAAUAUGCUCCCAAGUAUCUCCCUACCCUAGUUGCGACUUGCUGUUGUAAUGCCGUAUGUAUCGUCUUCGUCACGGGAUUAGGGUUAUGGAUGCGGAUGGAGAAUCGUCGUCGCGAUCGGAAACAAGGACUAAGGGUGAGAGAAGAUGGAGUGGAUACUAUGCGAAUUUCCUUCAUAUCCUUUGCUAGCACCAUGAAGAGUCACCCUUGUGAAUAUCCCGGCUGUGGUAAAAGCUUCACUCGCGCCGAGCAUCUACGUCGACAUGCCCUCAAUCAUGAACAGUCGCGCAAGGGCUUUACCUCCCGACACAUGCUGCGUCAUGACAAACGAGAUGAAGAAGCCGGCGGACCAGGGUUAGGCGUCUUGAAUACACGCAAGCGGACUCGCAGAGCUCGUGAUGGUACCAUCAUAGUGCGCCCUUCGCAGCGAGAGAUGCGGUCGGGAGCGCGUUCGACAACUUCUUCGUCAUCCACAGGUCAGGAUUUAGUAGCAGAGGAGGAGCAGGAGGAGGAUGAAGAGCCCGUGGACGAGGCCCCCAUAUCGCCGCCUAUUUCUGGCACAGACCCAAGCUCUUUACCGAUUGUCGAUGCAGAUCCAUUUUUGGCGCCGAUGAUGCCAGGCGGCCCCUUUGAGCCCUAUGUUGAACCUAUUCCAGGACAGUUUGAUGCAGCUGACGGAUCAUUUAAUGUCGGGUUGGGUGGCAUGGGCGAUUUCUUCAGCAUGGACACAGCCACGGACUUCAAUCUUCCGUUUGCGGCGACUUGCAAUUAUAAUUGGUUGUUUGAUGUCGCCUCUCUCGAUGAUGCCUUUCAUCAAUUUGAAUUUCCUCUCGGCUUCGAUACAGAACCAUUCCCUGGUGCACUUGACACGGAAUAUAAUCAGGCAGUAGACAAGUACGAUGGCCCGUCAGCCCUGUUGGAGGUAGCGUCAAUGAUGAACAAAGAAAAGAUGUCACAGUCUGCAUUGUCACCUAUUAUGCCCGAUAUCCUGGACACGGACUGGAUGUCCGGCACCUCUUUUCUGGGGCCCAGUCCACCGCCACACCUGCCACGACUGUCGGAGAAUUGCCGGCGAGGCAUCCUGUCCCUUGUGAUGCAAGUAUCGCCUUUAGGGAUUGAUGGUCGGCCAAGGACGCUGGACUCUCCUCUACUUACCCUCGGGGCUCUACAGGGCUAUUGUGAUCUCUUCUUUACGCGCUUCAAUGUUACCUAUCCCCUUGUGCAUCAGCCAACCUUCAAUCCAGAUACCAUUGACCCAAUCUUUCUUGCGGCUGUCCUCUUCAUGGGAGCGACCUACAGCACGCGUGAGGCGCAUCAGCUAGCCGUAGGCAUCCAUGACAAACUUCGCAACCAACUUUUGUGCCAUGAAGAGUUUUCUCCACAGCCGCAGUUCUGGGUCUUGCAAACAAUGCUUCUCAUUGACUGCUUUGGAAAGAUGAGGGCUGGCCCCAAGCAGCGCGAGCGUGCUCAGCUAUUCCACUGUGUUCUGAUUAAACUCAUCCGCCGUAGCAACUGUUGCAGUAUACAAGACUCGCCUCAUCUGGCUCGCUCUGAGGAUAUAGAUCAGGCCUGGCGACAGGCGAUGGAUGCAGAACAGCGGAAAAGGCUGGCGAUACUAUGCUUCAUGUGGGACACUCAGCACGCGGCUCUCUUCUCGCAAUCCCUCUGCAUGUCAGCAUUCGAGAUUCGGUCGUCUUUGCCUUGUAGCGCUGCCACCUGGGAAGCAUCGUCAGCUCGAGAGUGGGCACACUUUGCUGCCCGUGAAACAAACAGACCGUUCCUGACGGUUCUCAAAGGCUAUAUUACCCCAGGAUCUAUGUCUCGACCCCGAGAUCUGAAUGUCUUUGCUCGCACGGUAAUCCUACAUGGCUUGAUGUCGGUAUCAGCCGACCUCAAACGACGCGAUCAAACCACACUACGGUCGGAAACACCGGAGCGGGUGGGAGCCUGGACUCCACGGAUGAGCCGAUCUUAUGUUUUAUGGAAAGUGGACUUUGAUGCAGAUUGCCUCGCUAUGAAGCUGGGACAGACAGCAGAUCCACGUCGUUUCACUGGAUUGAAAAUGGCAGCCCAUGCUCUCUAUCAUGCCUCUAGCCUGGCAUUGAAUGUGGAAAUCCUCGACUUACAGAUUGUCGCGGGAGCAAUGCAAAUUCUCGGACGAACCGUCACUCCGGCCGACCAGGCCAGAUCCCAGGACAAUAUUAUUCGUUGGCUGCACGAGGAUUCUGGAGCAUCGACCGCUGUGGCACGGCAUGCAUCACAUCUCUUGCAGGAUGCGGUGAUGAGCCUUCAUGAUUGGGACCAGGCAGAUGCUUUCCAUUUUCCCUGGUGCCUCUACUUGGCUACGUUGGCCUGCUGGGUUUUCCAUCGAGGCAUCGAUCCUUCGUCAUCUGAGCCCCGAAUGAAUACAGACUUAUCUUCACUUAUUGUCAUGAUGACCAACUGCCCCAGUACUACGGAGCUGGCAGCACUGUCGGGGAAGUACGACCCCAAACCUUUAGUAGCAGCAAUGGCCCAGCAACUGGCGACUGUCCGAUGGGCAGUAGUUCAUGAUGCAAUGAAGGUACUCGUAGGCUUAUCUUAA